CCGGUUGCUCGGUCGAAUGCCUAUUUGAUUUGCAAACUAAACCGUUCGAGCCAAGCUAGCCGCCCCCCCUGGUAGCACAGCCAGUCAUUUGUUAUUCUCAACGCAGACGACACGCCGAUACAACACAGCGAGAUUGUUAAUCGAUUUUCCACAUCUAAAGUACAAUGCCGAAAACCACAGUUUACUACUUCCCCCUGAAGGCGCUCGGUGAAGGGAUCCGUCUCCUGCUGGCUUAUGGAGGCGAGGAGUUCGAAGACCGCAGGGUGGCUAAGGAAGAAUGGCCAGAAAUGAAGCCCAAGAUGCCUUUCGGCCAAAUGCCAAUCCUGGAGAUCGACGGCAAGAAGUACGCGCAGAGUUCGGCCGUGGUGCGCUACCUCGGCCGCAAGUACGGACUCAGCGGGAAGGACAUCGAGGAAGACUUCGAGAUCGAUCAGAGCGUUGAGUUCUAUACCGACAUUCGCACAAAAGCCGGUGCUGUCUUCCACGAGCAGAAUGAAGAAGCGAAAGCGAGGAUGCAGGCAGAGCUGGAGAAGAAUUACUAUCCCUUUGCGCUGAAGAAGUUGGAUGAGAUCAUCAAGAAGAACAACGGACAUUUGGCUCUUGGAAAGUUGACUUGGGCAGACUUCUUAUUCGCGGGCAUGUACGAUUGCUUCAAGAAGAUACUGCAAGUGCCAGAUCUUGAUGAGAAGUAUCCCAGCUUCAAGAAGAUACAGGACACAGUAUACGCUAUCCCCAAGGUCAAGGCGUUUGCUGACAAAGCACCUAAAGCAGACUAUUAAAUACUUCUCAUAUUGUGUACCUUACUAUAUAAUAUCUUGUUAUACAUGUUAUGUUGUUUGAUUAAAGAUUUUUUUUAUUUA